AAAAGAAAGCAAAUGGCUGACAAAAUCUCUCGUCUUGAAAGUUACCUGAACUGCCACGUGUGUGCAGAGACUUUCACAGAUCCUGUGUCUCUGAGCUGCAACCACAGCUUCUGUUCAAGCUGCCUGCAGAAAUUCUGGGAACAAACUGAGAACACGAACUGUCCCAUCUGUAAAAGAAAGUCAUCAAAAGAGUAUCCAGGAGUGAACUUGACUCUAAAGGGACUGGCUGAUUUGUUAGCUGGGAGAGAGGAAGCUGGAUCGCCUGAGACAGAAAAAGAACAGAAGAAGGUGGAGGUGGUGUGUAGUAAACAUCAAGAAGUGCCUAAACUGUUCUGUAAAGAUGAACAGAGAGCUGUGUGUCAUGUCUGUGAUGUUUCUCUCCACCAGAGUCACACUGUAGUUCCUGUAGAUCAAGCAGUCAGGGAGCUGAAGGAGCAGCUGAAACCUGACUUAAAGUCUCUACAGGACAAGAGGAACAAAUACAAACAAAUAAAGGAAACAUACAAAGAAGUGAUUCAAUACUCCAAGAAGCAGCUGUCUUCCACAGAGACGCAGAUCAGAGCAGAGUUUAAGAGGCUCCAGCAGUUCCUGAAAGAGGAAGAGGAGUCCAGACUGACAGCUCUGAGGGAGGACGAGGAGAAGAAGAGGAAGACUAUCAUCAGAGAGAUGAAGAGGAUUCAGGAGCAGAUCUCCUCUCUGUCAGACAGUAUCGGUGCUGUUGAAGAAGACCUGCAGAAACACAACGUGGCCUUCCUCAGCAGUUAUAAACCCACUCAGACCAGAGCCAGAGUCCAGUGCUCAGAGUCAGAUCCACAGCUGGUCCCAGGAGCGCUGAUAGAUGUGGCUAAACACCUGGGCAACCUGUCCUUCAGAGUCUGGGAGAAGAUGAAGGACAGGGUCCACUUCAGUCCGGUCAUUCUGGACCCAAAAACUGCAAACCCCUUCCUCUAUCUGUCUGAUGAUCUGACCAGUGUGAGACAUGGAGACACAAAGCAGCAGCUUCCUGACAAUCCAGAGAGAUGCACCGAGCACCCCAUUGUUCUGGGCUCUGAGGGCUUCAGCUCAGGGAAACACAGCUGGGAGGUGGAGGUGGGAGACCACCAAGUCUGGUUUUUGGGUGUUUCUAAAGAGUCAGUCGAGAGAAAGGGAGAAUUAUCUGCUUCUCCAGAUAAUGGAAUCUGGUGUUUAAAGUAUCGCACUGGAAAAUACACAAAUGGAGAAGGAAAGGAUGUCAAAGUGAAGACAAGUCUCCAGAGAAUCAGAGUCAAGUUGGACUAUGACAAGGGGGAGGUAUUUUUCCACAACCCUGAAGACAUGAGUCACAUCUACACUCACAGAGACACUUUCACUGGGAGGGUUUUCCCAUAUUUUGGUAUUGGAAAGUCAGGUAAUGCUACAACUGGUGAAAUCAAAAUCUGUCCCUGAUAUUCCUCUGUGAUAUUCAGGAUGUUGUUUAAUUGUUUGAGCUCUUACUUGUUUGCAUUAUGAUUGUUUAAGGUUGAAUACACGCUUAAGUGAUCACUAAACUGCCUGAAAUCACUGCAAAUUACUUUUUUAUCAUGAGGUUUUAUCAGUGGAAUGCUUUGAGUCACAUUUCAGCUUUAAUUUUUUAUUGUUUUUAUAAUAUAAACAAAUCAUCAAACCAAUCAAAACUUUAAAGUAUAUUCAAAACAAAAAUAUUUUACACCUGAGAUAUGAUUUAUAGCUUGAAACAAUCUAUAUGGUUUCUCAUUUAUGUUGUUGGAUAAACAGGAUGAUCACUUGUUACUGAUGUGUAAGGAUAUGAGAACCAUCCUUGUGUGUUGGAGAAUACUAAAGCUAACGCCCACAAAGUCAUUGAGCUGAUGUGGGUUUGGGAUCCUUUUAGUGUAAAGUUCUGUUGAUAGGCCAUGUCAAAAUUACUCUUGUUACCUUCUAGUAGAUUUAAAAUACUUUGUGCAGCUUAAAGCUAGAAAUGACUCGCCUAUUAUUACUGUUUAGUUUUCUUCAUUUUGUUCUUUCUUCUUAAUUUUCCUUGAACAUCACAGUUUGGGAAUUUGAACCAUGCACCCAUAAACUGAAUUUUAUAUCAUUAUGAUGUGUCAUGCGACUCUU